UUGCGUGAGAGCUCAUCGAAUCUUCACUUUGUUUCGCCAUACCUGCUGCGACAAGAAGGUGGACUGCAAGGGGCUGACACCUUUCUCCACCGCUAGCUCAUAGCACAGACCUUCACCACGCGAAGCGACUGCUGACGCGAGCUGUGCCUCUAGCCUCCCCCUCGCAAGCACGGCUUGACAUCGAAUACAGCUCGGCCCUCAAACCCGAUGGACUGAGGCUGUAUCCCAGUUCGUGUUAAUCAAGUGGGCAUUCGACGGAGUCGUUACGCGUCUCUAGGCAACCGUGCAAGUGAAGUGUUUACAUUGCUCCUGCUAGGGACGAUUUCCUCACACUCGGUCGCGCAAUGACUGCCGAACACAUGGCCGCGCGCCAGACCUUCAAGGAUAACUUUCUAAGGCUUCCAAGAGAGAUGCGUGACUUGAUUUACGUCGAACUCUACAGCGACUCGUCGCUGAUACCUCUAGAGGAUGUGCAAGUAGGUCUGGCAGGUCCGGCACUGCUUGCAACAGAAAAUCAAAAAUUGGAUCCAAUCCUUGCACCAGAGAUUUUGGAGGCCUUCUUCACCCACAGCACAUUCAGCGUCACUUUCCCGCCAUGCAGCAUCAUUUUGCCAGACCCAUGCGAUGUCAUACACUCUCGGCCUGCCGACUGGAAUCUGCAUCCACAUUACGGGAAAUACAUCCGAAAGCUUGUCGUCCACGCAGAGGAGGCCAAUCUGGACGAAACGAUUUCCCUAGAGGCCCUUGAAUCUGAGUGUUCGAAAGAAUGGCGUCCCAUAAGGGUUCAUUGGGAGCGUCUUUUAAAGCUACCACGCCUGGAGCAAUUGAACAUUCGGCUGCAAAAACGGGCGAAUGAACACUUCUGUUGGGGCGAUUUCAGCCCAAUCCUUAUUCGUUUACGCGAAAGGUUACCCAAGCUUCAAAUAGCACUCAGCAUUUCCUUUGACACAAUGCUUGAAGAAUUCUGGUCUGACGCGAUUUGGGAGAACAACACGGAACCUGGCAACGUAGUUGAGGAGCCAUACGAUCCGAUGGGGUUCGUCGAUGUGACAGAGUUGAUCGAACCACCUACGGAGGAGGACACUGCGUACGUGCAAGAGAAUCUUUCCGGGAAUCUGGAAACGUGGGGCCAAGAUAUAUUGAGAGGCUUGCUCGAUGAGACAGCGCCACAGAAGAGGGCACUGGCCUUGCACUAUGCUGUCAAAGAGCCGGCGUUGUUAAGGGUACGCAUGAAGGAGCACUACGAGGUUUACAAGAGGAUGAGGACGGCGGAAGCUGAUGACAGUACAUGAUCAGCAUAUAUGCUGCAAUGUCACUUGCGUACAAGCCCACUAGAACUGUACGCGAAAACAUGUCUUCGAGAUGUUAUGCAUUGGAGCUCAAGCUUGCUUGU